AAUAUGGUAACGAAUAAUGGAAUAGGAGGAAAUUGUAAUAAAACGGCAGAAAUAGAUUAAAUAUAUAACGAAUAGGAGAAAGAAUACUAGUCUAAUUUUUCUUUUUUUCUGCUUGUGUCUUUUUGUCCUUUACAGGAGCUGCCGAUCCAAAGGCUUGACUCCGGAGCGAUCCCGAGUCACCGAGAAAAAGAGAUAGUAUAGAUAAUACAUGGAAGGAAUGAGAUAAGCCGAUCCAAAGGCCCGGCUCAAGAGUGAUCCCGAGUCGCCUGUACUAUUAAGAUCAAGAUUAAGACGUGCGCCGUUAAAAAGAACUAUCUUUCGCAACGUAACGAAGAGCAAAACAACGUGUCCACAAUGAUAAUACCGGCACUGUCAGACGUAUUAUGUCAACCAGGGAUGAUGGUAGGGGUUGGGCUGGGCAUGUGCAUAGGAUUUUUCGCUCGUGGUUCUUUUUUGAGUGACAACGGAAACCCAGAGGACAUGAUGGACAGCGGGGGUGGAGGCGCAGAUGACUCGGAGGACGAAGGGUGGGACGAGGAUGGAUUUCUUGCUGAAGGAUCUGGGGAGAUGAAAUUAGUUCUAGUGGUUCGCACUGACCUCAAAAUGGGUAAAGGCAAAGCUGCAGCUCAGUGUUCUCAUGCUACUCUUAAAGCUUACAAGCAGUUGCAAAAACGAAACAAGAACUUGCUAAAAGCUUGGGAAAUGAAUGGUCAACCAAAGGUUGUCGUAAAAAUAGAUGACGAAGCUUCUCUAAUGGACCUAUCAGCACUGGCUCGGGAGGCAGGCCUGACAGUGAGUGUCAUCCAGGAUGCUGGCCGUACCCAGAUAGCACCUGGGUCUCGAACAGUAGUUGGUAUUGGACCUGGCCCAAUUGACGUGAUAGACCAGGUGACCGGGCAUCUCAAGCUCUAUUAAUUAUUGGAUACUAAAAAUAUUUAUUUUUUUGUUAUCAUAGACCACCCUAGCUCAUAGAACAGUUGUGCACUUGAGCUUGAGAAAACUUUAUUAUUGAACCACAUUGAAGUACACAACAAUUGUGCAGUAUUUGAGGUAUUGAUUCAACUAAGAUUGGGUCAAAAUAGCAAAGCUCAUAAUCAUAAAAAAGCAUAAUAUUUUCUUGUGAUAUGAAAUGCUUCUUAAGAUCAAAAUGGCUAACAUCUUGCAUUAAAUUUCUUCACAUCUCCAUUUGUGCACAGAGUUACCAUAUUUGAUGGCUCAUAAAAUGCACCUUGUCUCCAAAAAAGAGGCUCAGAAAAUGAGCCUGCGCUCUGUGAGGCCAAGGUUCAGCAUUGAGGUGAUGGUUGGUCUAUGACAACAGAGGGUCUAAAAAAUCCCAGACAUCUUUGCAUAUGUAAACAAAGUAAUGAUUGGUACUAUACCACGAAAAAAUUUGUUCUUUCAAGGUACCAAUAUAUAAUAGGUCAUACUUACACAGUCAGAAAGAAUUUGCCUAAGUGACUAUGCACCAUGCAUUUCUUGUAGCAAAACAAAACAUGCGGUUGGUGGUCUUGAUCAUGACACGGGCAAGCUUCAUUGUGUUCUUUACAGUGUGAUGCCAUUACUCCUUAAGGUAAGACAUUUUCAUACAAUCCAAAUUGCACCUAUCAUCAUUCUUACUUUGCAUACAGGUAAAAAAAAAAAAAUAAUAUAAAAAAAAGAUUAAGAUUAUUAGCCUUGAUUAAGAUUAUUAGCCCUGUAGUGUCUGACUCUCUCACAGUUGCUGUCGAUGCUAUAUGACAGGUACAUGUUUACAUCUCACUAGUCACAACAGGAUUGGUGCGUAGGCAACUAGCAAAGAUCAAAGUUUUUAAAUGGAAAAUAUUGGGAUCUAAUAAUGAUCUAAAUGCAUGGGAGAGUCUUCAAUGUCAGGUGAAAUCCUUCACUUCAUAUUCAGAGCUUAGAUAUAUAUAUAUAUAUAUAUAUAUAUAUAUAUAUAUAUAUAUAUAUAUAUAUAUAUAUAUAUAUAUAUAUAUAUAUAUAUAUAUAUAUAUAUAUGCUUUUCACUGUCUGCCAAAACUGGAUGUUUCUUAUGAGCCUAUGCAUCUUAUGAGGCAUCAAAUAUGGUAGAUAACUUGAAAAAAUUCAAAUUUCAAUCAAAAGGAAUUUUGAUGUAUAGCUGACAUGGCUGCUGCUAUCACUUGUCUGAAUAUCCUAUUUUCAUCAUAUGGAGGUAAGGUCCUGUUUUUAUAGUUAAAGCCAGAGCUUAAUGUUAGAUAGCUGUGCAUAUGGCUUGGCAUUUGAGCUUGAUGUACAAAUCAUGAUAAUGAGGCACUUGACACCACAUAUUGUUAAUAUAAUUGUAAAUUAAAGCCUUAAUGUCAGGACUUUCUGUUGUCGCAUUUGACCGGAUAUAUUUCCUAACUGUCCUUUUUAUAGUGUUCAGCUACAUCUGUUAUCCUUUUAGGAUCCUAGUGUGAUCAUUCCAUUAGAAAUUGUGCAUGUCUUGUUAUUUAUUAAUUUAUUGGCUUCUUUAUAGUAUAAAUUGUUUGUGUUAAGAAACAUAGUUGUGCAUUUGGUUUCUUAAUAUUAAAUCCUGAAUUAACCACCAUGAAUAUGACUACAGGAUUUCUGUGAGCAGAUUAACAAUGAAGUUGACUCGUUAAAACAUUUCAUGUAUCAUGAAAGCUGAAAAAUAUUCUUGGUGUAGUGUAAGAAUACCACUGCAUUGUCAAGAUGUUAAUAAAUUUUAUAUACUCAGAAGUUGAGUUCCUUUCAUGACUGCAUAUGUAUGCAUAUGUAUUAUCAAGACAAACCGUGGCUUUGACUGUGAUAAUAUACCUUUAUGUCCAGCUAAUGAAUAGUUUUCCCCUUACAUAUGUAUUAAGUAUUGAAAGAAGAUCUGUCAGUUGCUAUAAUUUUCUGGCCAUGAAAUUUAGAUAUUACUUGAACAUUUAAUUCAGAAUGGAUUUCAAAGUCAGGCUGCUAAAAAUCUUGGUGAUUCAUUAUGGUAUCAGAACUACUUGUAGCAUAUAAGUAUUGCUGCAAUAUUGAGUGAAAGACUAAUAUGGUUUGAUCUCUUAAAUCUUUAAAAAUAUCUCCAGUGUCAUCUGGAGAUUUUGAAAGUGUCAUCUAAGGAGUGAAACAGCUAUUUGCACAAGUGUUUGGAUGAACCCAGAAACAGUUACACACUAUCCAUUUGACACAUCCCUCUGGAGAGAAAAUAACUCAUCAGUGAUGUCACUCUGCUGAUUGGAAAUUGAAUGGCGAUGCCAAAUAUUCUUCCAUGAGAUAUGAGAGAAUUGUCAUUAUUUAUGGGGCAACAACACUCUCCUGUCUGAUGGAAGGAUAUUUUACAGUUCCAGUUAAUCCUCUUGACAGAGUUAUGUCAUUGAUGAUGCUCUCUAUCUUAAGACUGAUAUGUGAACUCAGCCUGAACUUUAGUCAUUGGAUCAGUAUCAUAACUUGAUAGAAUAUCAUUUUAUACCUUUUUGCAGUAUCAGUUAAUAGCAACACAUGGUGCAGCACAGCAGUUAGGACUUCUAUCUUGUUGAAUGUCAGUGAAGUUCAUGUUUACUGUCACCUAGUGAAUACUGUUGAAUUUAUUCAGAAUUAAUUUUUGGUUAUAAAAUAUGUAUGUACUGUACUUUUUAACUAGAAGCUGUGCAUCACAAAAUAAAUAAUAUAUAGUACA